UAACGGCACUCAACUCAUGCAGGCACAGUCUAUCUCAGCCUCGUCACUGGUGAUUCUGCGCUCCUUAGAGGUCAUAUCACUGAGCUGCUCCAACGUGAGAUUUUCUCUCCCUACGUAAAGUUCUUCCAAUUGUAUUCUUCCACCUCGUAGAAGGCAUCUAAUUAGUGAAAAAACUAGAAAUAAAAGAUAUGAGGGAAAUCGUACACUUACAGGCCGGCCAGUGUGGCAACCAGAUCGGCUCUAAGUUCUGGGAAAUUAUAUCCGACGAACAUGGAAUCGAUCCGACUGGAAAUUAUGUUGGGACUAACGAUUUGCAACUCGAGAGAAUAAAUGUCUAUUACAAUGAAGCCAGCAGCCAUAAGUUUGUUCCACGAGCAGUUUUGGUUGAUCUCGAACCAGGCACCAUGGAUUCUAUUCGCAGUGGACCAAUCGGCAAAAUUUUCAGACCUGACAAUUUCGUCUUUGGACAAAGUGGUGCUGGCAAUAACUGGGCCAAGGGACACUACACAGAAGGUGCAGAACUGGUCGAUGCAGUUCUGGACGUAGUGCGAAAGGAAGCUGAAGGUUGCGAUUGCCUUCAGGGCUUCCAGUUAACUCAUUCUCUUGGAGGCGGCACUGGUUCAGGAAUGGGAACUUUAUUAAUUUCUAAAAUUCGUGAAGAAUAUCCCGACCGUAUAAUGAAUUCUUUCAGCGUCGUUCCUUCGCCAAAGGUAUCAGAUACUGUCGUAGAACCGUACAAUGCAACUCUUUCAGUGCAUCAACUUGUAGAGAACACCGAUGAGACGUUUUGCAUUGAUAACGAGGCUCUGUACGACAUUUGUUUCCGCACAUUGAAAUUGAGUUCACCAACGUAUGGUGAUUUAAAUCACCUAGUGUCUGUGACAAUGUCUGGAGUAACGACGUGUCUACGGUUCCCCGGUCAACUAAAUGCAGACCUAAGAAAACUCGCGGUCAACAUGGUACCAUUUCCUAGACUUCAUUUCUUCAUGCCAGGUUUCGCUCCGCUAACGGCUCGUGGCUGUCAGCAAUAUCGUGCACUAACUGUACCCGAACUCACGCAACAGAUGUUCGACGCCAAAAACAUGAUGGCAGCAUGCGACCCACGUCAUGGUCGUUAUCUGACUGUGGCAGCCAUCUUCAGAGGCCAAAUGUCAAUGAAGGAGGUUGACGAACAAAUGCUCAAUAUUCAGAAUAAAAAUUCGAGCUAUUUCGUGGAAUGGAUUCCCAACAAUGUGAAGGUUGCAGUAUGCGACAUUGCACCGAAAGGCUUGAAAAUGUCAUCCACGUUUAUUGGCAACUCCACUGCUAUUCAAGAGAUUUUUAAGCGUAUCAGUGAACAGUUUACAGCCAUGUUUCGCCGUAAAGCUUUCUUACAUUGGUACACUGGUGAAGGAAUGGAUGAAAUGGAAUUCACUGAAGCUGAGAGCAACAUGAAUGAUUUGGUUUCAGAGUAUCAACAGUAUCAGGAGGCUACGGCCGAUGAUGAGGAUGCCUUUGAGGGUGAUGGAGCUUAUCAGGACGAGGAAGCCCUGGAGGAAGGAGCUGACGAUUAAAAUAAUAUUCAACCGUCAUUCUUUUAACUUCGCCAGACAAAUUUCCCACGUCCAAUUAAGCAUAACAUAAUAUAACCUAACCUAACCUUUUGUACAAAUAUCAACAAAAAGAUAUCUUUUUGCAAACA